ACAAGUAAUGUGGAUCAAAUGAGCGAAGGGAUUUUAUUUGUGUAUAUAUACCACGAGUGAACAUCACUCAGUCAGUUGUCCAACGGGCAGGAAUGAGAUUGGUGUGGCUGUUGGCUGUGCUGGCCCUUUGCACAGGGACGCCAGUAGUAAAAAGACAAUCGCUCAAUAAUGUCCAUGCAGAAUUACUGGCAUUCGAUCUAUCAAAAUCUGAAUUUUAUAAUGAUGCUAAUUUAGAAAACAAAGCUACAAAGUCAGACGAACGAACCUAUUCGACAACAGAUUUUCCUGUUCUGCAAGAACAGUCUGAAGCUGAAACGAAGAAUGCGAAUUCCAACAACCCAUCAUUUCCGUCAGCUAAAGAUGAACGUGACUUUGAAGAGCAAGAAGAAAAUGAAAAUCCGUCUUCUACGGCUCUACCUCUUCCUCAAGCUACAGCUAAAAUUGAUUUUAAACAGGAAGAAGUAAAAUAUGAACCUUAUCCUCCAUCAGCACCAGAUUCAGUAGAAGAACCAACUGAUCUUCAUUCUGCACCGUAUCCACCUGCUUUAUCGGCACCACCGUCUCCGGUUUUACCUCUUCUGCCGCCCUCUCCUCCUCCUCCACCUCCGCCACCUCCACCAUCAACACCUUUGCCGCAACCACCUACGUCUCUCCCAGUAUCAGUUUACAUACCGCCACUAUCAUCAUUUGCAUCAUAUCUUCCUACAUUACCAGCACCUCCAUCACUGCCACCUCCUUCUGCUCCAGCACUAGUUUAUGGACGGCCAGUAUUCAAAGUUGAAUUUGCGCCAUACCCGCUUUCAUUACCAGCAACUCCGCCUUCACCUCCAACACAACCACUUCCAGCACGAGCGUAUGGACCGCCAGUUGUCAAAGUUGUAGAACUUGCACCAUAUCCCCCUACAUUACCAGCACCUCCACCUCCUCCAGCACCUCCUCCACCACCUCCACCGCCAUCACCACCGCCACCCCCACAACCACUUCCAGCACCAGUGUAUGGACCGCCUGAGUUACCAGCUCCUCCGUCUCCUCCACCCCCACCUCCUCCACCACCUCCGCCACCUCCGCCACCUCCACCACCUCCACCACCACCACCACCACAACCACUUCCAGAGCCAGUGUAUGGACCACCAGUUGAAAAAGUUGUUGAUCUUGCGCCAUACCCGCCUGCGUUACCAGCUCCUCCCCCUCCACCACCUCCGCCUCCACCUCCACCUCCUCCACCACCGCCACCACCGCCACCUCCACCACCACCUCCUCCUCCUCCACCACCACAACCACUUCCAGCACCAGUGUAUGGACCACCACUUGAUAAAGUUGUUGAUCUUGCGCCAUACCCGCCUGCGUUACCAGCUCCUCCGCCUCCUCCACCCCCACCUCCACCACCACCUCCGCCACCUCCACCACCAUCUCCUCCUCCUCCUCCUCCACCACAACCGCAACCACUUCCAGCGCCAGUGUAUGGACCACCAGUUGACAAAGUUGUUGAUCUUGCGCCAUAUCCGCCUGCGUUACCAGCACCUCCUCCACCUCCAGCUCCAGUUUACGGACCACUAUAGUAAAUGUGAUAAUGAAAAAUAUUCUCCUUCAUUAGCUCCAAUACUUAAUGAUUUUUAUGAUUAUUCUGAGCUUCCAGGUUUUUUUAUUACACAGUUUAUGGUAGCCCUGGGAAACGAAUGAUUAAUUUGUAAACAUUUACAAUAAAUUUUGCUGUAAUUAUUAAAACAGUUUUAUUUCAAAAAACCAGUAAGACCUCAAAUAAAUGUUUGUUACUAAGAAUAAUUCUAACGUCUCUAAUGGUGUUGUUUUAAACAUUUUUCUUUGAUAAAAACCAUUCAGAAUUGAAAUUAAAGAAAUUAUUUUUUAAAUAACUAUUACUGUUUUCUAUUUGAAUUAUAAAUAUAAUAUGACUUUGAUGGCUGGAACGGCUCAAAAAUCAUUAAUAGAAUCAACAUCAAGCAAGAUUCAACUAUAUUCCACAUGCCCUUCUUUAUAUAAUAAAAUUACAGUGGUCUAAUAGAUUCAAAUUAACCAAUGCACAAUAUUAAGACUGAAACACUAAAAUUGAAUUUGAGGAAACUGUACAUCAAGGUGAAUCAAAGUGCUCGCCUAGAUUAAAGCGGUCUAUGAUGUUAAUAACAGCUGAACAUGACUGACGUGACAAAGCAGACGUUCAGACCUAAAUUGCGCCAAUUUACUUUGAUUAAUACCACAGUUUGGAUCCAAUUUCGGAAGCUAAGUCAAAAUCGUCAUCCUUGCAAAAUAAAAUUUUAAAUAUUUCGAAAAUGAACAGUUUUGACUUCCAUUAUUUUUAAUUUUGUGGAAACUACGUUUAAAUCUAGAGUUCUUGAUUAGAGGUACAGUUUCAAGUUGAGCCCAAAAGCCCUGUGGCGUCAUGGUUUGUUUGUUUAUCAUAAACUCCAAUUUCGCUGUGUUUUUAUUAAUUAACUAGAAUAACAUAGAUUUCACAUUGGCGGCAACGGCUGUUGUUGACGUAUCCAGUACAAUAGCGAAACUACAACAUUGUGCUUGGGCCAGAUAUUGAGACAAUCGGUGCAAUUUCAGACUGGUAUUAUUUGAACGUUCAAUACCCUGACGCAUUAACCACACACAAUUAUACGUUUUAUUAUUGACAUAAUUGAUAUUCGCUCAUAAAUAAAUGUUAUUCUGUAUAACAAUAUAUUGUUCUCUUUUACAGUUUGAUAAUAAGCUU